AUGGUUGGUAUUUCCAAAGGAGUCUCAGCAGCUCUUCUCGCUGCCUCCGUAGCGAUUGCAUCUCCCAUCACUGAGACAUCAUCACCUCUUGAACGCCGAGGCACAAUCGCCAGCGAUGAGAUUGUCGGAUUCGCACAAGCUGUGCCUAGCAACAUCACUGGUGAAGUGUACUUGGCUUACCAACCCUACCUCUACGUUGUGAAUGGAUGUGUCCCAUUCCCGGCUGUUGAUGCUGAGGGUGAUACCAAUGCCGGCCUCAAACCAACCGGCGCCUCAAACGGCGACUGCUCCAGCAGCGCCGGACAAAUCUACAGCCGCGGCGUAAGCUACGGCGACUACUACGCCGUCAUGUACGCAUGGUACAUGCCCAAGGACGAGCCCUCCGACGGCCUUGGUCAUCGCCACGACUGGGAAGGCGCAAUCGUCUGGCUCUCAUCCAGCACAUCUACCACUGCCGCCAACAUCCUCGCCGUCUGUCCCUCGGCACAUGGAAAAUGGGAUUGCUCUACGGAUGGAUACUCGCUUUCGGGAACGCAGCCAUUGAUCAAAUACGAAAGUAUUUGGCCGAUUGAUCAUUCGUGCGGAUUGACGAGUACCGUGGGUGGCUUGCAGCCACUGAUUUCGUGGGAGGAGUUGCCGGCUGUUGCGCAGGCGGCGCUUGAUACGACUGAUUUUGGCUCGGCGAUUGUGCCGUUUAUUGACGCGCAUUUCUUGACGAAUCUUGGUAAUGCUAGUUUUUGA